AUGGAGUAUUCAAUGGCAGCUCCAAAGACUUUUGUCCUCAAACUGACCAAGCAGUGCCAAUGCCAAGGAUGUCAGAGAAAGCUCAAGAAUCUAUUGCAGAAAAUUGAUGGGGUACACUCAACUUCCAUAGAUCCCAACCAAGGGAUGGUCACCAUUACAGGUACUGUAGGUCCACAAAGAGUCAUAAAAAAGCUUGAAAAACAAUACAAAACAGGAGUCUUGUUGUUCUUGGAACAAAGCCCACAAAUGGACAAUCAACACAACAACAACAUGCAAAUCACUGUACAACCACAAUCGCAAAAACCAGUUGUUAAAGAGUUUGAUGACCAAAACUUGGUCGCUCAAAUGCAUCAAUUUGGAGGAAUUCGAGGAUUGAAACACGUGGAGGUGACCUAUUCCAAGACUACGAAGUUCACAUUCAAUGACAACAAAAAUGAUGAGCAUGGCGGUGGUGUAUACAAUUUAUACAGCAGUGGGAACUUUCCACCACCACGGGAGCCGCUGCCGCCACCGGAAUCCAAUUAUGGUCCAUCGGCACCUCCAUGUGCAUACGGAUAUCCUUACACAUUUGAGGAAAAUCCGAACUGA